CGACGACCCAUGUUCGGGAACUGUUGAUGUUGUUGGAAAUGGCUGGAAAUCAGCUGACGUGUCGCCAAACAAUUUUGUUUUAUUUGAUGUUCUGUCUGGCUGUCUCCUCAAGCGCCAAAGAGGCAGACGAGAAUGACGAUACGGAUGAUGAACCAGAAUAUAACCAACCAACUGUUAUGAUAGCUAUUCUUGUUCGAAACAAAGAGCAUGUGCUGCCCUGGUUUUUAGAGUAUCUGGAUAAACUGAAAUAUCCAAAAAAACGAAUAACAUUAUGGAUCAGAAGUGAUCACAAUAAAGAUGACUCUGUACGCAUGCUGAAGCAGUGGUUAGCAGCCGUUAAAGACCAGUAUCACUCUGUUGAUGUACAAUAUCAAUAUGAUCAAGAGUAUGCUGAUGAGCGAGGACCAUGCGACUGGAGCAAUGAACGGUUCACUAACGUCAUGAAGCUUCGCCAGGCAGCAUUGGAUAACGCACGGAAAAUAUGGGCAGACUACCUCUUUAUGAUCGAUGCAGAUGUUGUUUUAGAAAAUCCACAAACAUUGACUCUUCUGAUGAACGAGGAAAGGGCCAUAGUAGCACCCAUGCUUAAUGCCAGUGUAGGUGAUACCUACUCCAACUUCUGGGGCGGCAUGACUGAUGGGGGGUACUAUAGCAGGUCAGAUGAUUACUUUGACAUGGUGGGCAGAAAACUGACUGGGUGUUUCAAAGUACCUAUGGUUCACUCAGCUUUCCUCAUCAAUAUGCAUCAUUUGCUGACAGAAAAGAUUGCCUACAAUCCUGCGCCUGAGAAUUACAACGGCCCAUAUGAUGACAUCAUUAUUUUUGCCUACUCUGUAAAAGCAGCUGGUCUAAGCAUGUAUGUGUUGAACACUGAAUACUUUGGGAAGGUGAUGAUACCCCUCGAUUACUACAACACCCUACGAGAUGAGUCGGAUCACUUCACCUUUAUCAAACUAGAGACUAUGGACGCUGACUUUAUAUAUGAGGAGCUAGGAGACAGACAAUAUCCAGUAAAGAGACCUCCGCUGCGCAGGUCGCCUUACAUAGACGUCGAGGAUCCAGUCGCAGACAAGAUGAUGUUUGAUGAGAUUUACAUGAUAAACCUAGUGCGGAGACCUGAACGCCGACAGAGAAUGAUGGAAGCACUGAAAGAAUUAGGCAUCCAGGUUACCAUCUUUGAUGCUGUAGAUGGGAGACAGCUAAAUAACACCUACUUAGACAAGCUGGGAGUUGAGAUGAUGGAUGGAUAUGCAGACCCUUAUGCUGGCAGGUCCCUUACAAUGGGAGAAAUAGGAUGCUUUCUCAGUCACUUUUUCAUUUGGAAGGAGAUCCUUGACAAGGGUUACAAGUCUACACUAGUGUUAGAGGAUGACGUGAGAUUUGAGCCGUACUUCAGGACCAAGCUGAUGCGUCUACUUCAGGAGGUGGAGGAUCGAAUACCCGACUGGGAUUUGCUAUAUCUUGGUCGCAAACGUUUGAAGAUCUCAGAGGAAAGUUAUGUUGAAGGGUCAGAGACUCUUGUCUGGCCAAGCUACUCUUACUGGACACUGAGUUAUAUUCUGUCUAACCGCGGGGCAAAAAAACUUCUCCAGCAGGAACCCCUCAGCAAGAUGAUUCCUGUUGAUGAGUACCUCCCGAUUAUGUUUGACAAACACCCUGAGGGUAAGUGGAAAGAACAGUUUUCACCAAGAGACAUAGUAGGUCUGUCUGCCUACCCCUUCUUGGUGUACCCAACCCACUACACCGGUGAACAGAGCUACUUCUCCGACACCGAGGACUCGGUCACCAUCUUGGGCGAGGUCAAUAGCGAGGCAGUCAAUCUACACAACAAGAAGGACGAAUUAUGACCAACAUGCAAGCAUCAUCGUGUCCACAAAGUCUAGGUCUCGAUCAUCGUAGGGAUUUUUGAGGGGAGGAUAUUUUACUUAUUUUGCUUUAUCUGUAUUUUUUUAAGAAACUAAUCAAAACUACAGCCCUGUGGCAAUCAAGUUUGAUCUGCUCACACCGUAGGUCCUACAGGAUUUAUUUUGUAAUAUUUUUUAUAAAACCAAGCAUUGCUGCAAACCUACCGGUACUACAAAAUUCCUCAAGGAAAAAAAAAGGUUGUUCUUAUUUUCAGGAUGUCAUAUUUGUUUUUUGGCUCUCCUGGUCCAAAGGAGCAAGUGAGCUUAUGACAUGGUGUGGCAUCCACCAUCCGUCCAUUGUUCGGCAUCAGAUUUUUUUCUUUAAACAACUUCUUCUGAAUAACCAAGAGGCCUAGGGUGAUGUUAUUUAGUCAGUAGAAUGCUUGGAUGAAGAAUUACCAAGUUUGUUCAAUGAAUGUCCUUCGACUUACAUUGCCUAUAGCUUUAUUUUAGUUCACUUUUAAGGUUGCAAGUGUGAGAUUAAUACUGGGUGAGAGAUGCAGGCCCAUUGGUCCUCUUGUAUUAUCGUAUACGAAAUUUACAACUUCAAAUUUGUAACAAUGCAAGCAUAGUCGCCAAAAAAACCCACCAAAGUGGGGCCAAUUCUCUGAAGAGACUUGCUGUAUGUAAUUACCAUAAGCUGACAACACCAGAGCCUGGGUGAUGGUGGUAUCCCUGUUUUGAGUACUAACUAAUGAGGUACUCACCUGGAAUAAAUAAAUGUGCACAUCCUCAUUACUCCAGGGGUAAUCCUCACUUAAGCCCUCUGCACCCCUGGAAUAUGUCAUAGCAAAAUUGAAGGAACACUAUUUGAUUGGUCUCAGGAAAAAAACCUGACCGAUAGCUAGGCCAAUACCUGUCCUUUGAAGAUUAAAAGAGGAACAACGCCCGACUUCAAAACCAGUCAAUUUUACCGUCAUAUGACC